AUGGAUAGAUCACGACGGUACCUUCGUUUCUAUUUAUUCAAACUGUUUGCCGGCGCCUUUCCCUCAUCCUCAAACGAGUUGGUAUCUGGGGCCCACAUCGGUCGUAAUGUUGCUAGUGGCGCAAUUUCUGCCUCUGGCGAUGCUAGUGCAACAGGAACUGUUGGAAGCUGCAUGGGUAAUGAGACUCCUACUAGUUGUGGUGGAGGGAGUUGCAGCAGUAGUAGCAGCCUCGGCUCCACUUCCUUAUGGCUCCCAACAAUCCGCGUAAUGCCACCUCGAGUUCCGCUUGCCUCUCACAGGCAGCUAACCAGCAUCGCUCGUCUCAUUUUGAUAGCCCAGAGACCAGUUCUUGUGCUGGGAAGUCAAUUGAUUCUACCGCCCGUCCCCAUCGAAGAAACAGCUGCCAACGUCAAGGUAGAGCUAAGCUAG